AUGGCAAAUUUGCGAGCAUAUGCGAGCUCGCGCAGCUCUACACCUGUCAUUGAUGGUUCGAGUAGCUGCACGAAUUUUCCACUACCCAAGCUUCAGCUCCCCACUUUCUCCGGUAGCUACGAAGAACGGCUCGGUUUUAGAGAUUCGUUUGUAGCAAUAAUUGAAAAGGAUGCGAGUAUUCCUAAAAUUCAGAAAUUAAGAUAUUUAAGAUCCUACGUAAGAGAUAAUGCUUCACGAGUAACCGAAAAUUUACAAGCUACAGAAGCUAAUUACGAGGUAGCUUGGAAGCUUCUUGACGAACGAUACAAUAACAAAAGAAUUAUUAUUCAUAAUCACAUGCAGGCUCUAAUUGGCUCGCCAGCCUUGUUAAACAAAGAAUCCGCGGUGUGUUUGAGAAAUCUGCUUGAUACAGCACUUAGGCAUGUGCGUGCAUUAAAGGUUCUAGAGGAACCCACUAAUAAGUAG